AUGACCUCUAACCCAAUUAUCUCUCUUCUAUCCAAAGAGUUGUUAAUCGGCAAGGACUUAAUGAAAUGGAAGUCUAAUAUCAACAUAGUCUUGAUCGGUGACAACUCAAAAUUCAUGAUGAUUGAAACUGAACCUGAUUUUCUCAGAGAGAACGCCUGGAAGGCCAUGAGGGAGAAGCAUGAUCGUUGGAUUGCUGCCAACAACAAGGCCAAGGCCUACAUGCUACCUAGCAUGUUAGAAACACUAAGGACUAAGAUGGAGAAUGUCGAAAAUACUUACGACAUCAUGGAGCAAUUCCAAGAAAUGUUUGGGCACAAGUCAACACAAGCUAGUUUCAAGGCUACCAAGAAGUAUGUGAAAUGUAGGAUGGCACCUGGCCAACAUGUUUGUGAUCAUUUUAUUAAGAUGAUGCUAUACUUCCAUGAAGUUGAGCUGCAUGGAGCAAUAGUAAAUGAGAAGACUCAAUUAUUGAAUGAGCUUCAUAUGUAUGAAGGAAUAAAUGGUGUACUGAGUAAAGGACCUGAGAAGAAGGCUGCUACUACCAGGCGUGCUCAGGGUGAGGCUAACCUUGCCUCUUCCUCAAAGAGCAAGAAAAGAAAGGUGAGGAAGGACAAAGAAGGCUAA